CUUUGCCUGCCAUCAUCUGGGGUCGCCGGGAUGGCGACGACUCUGCAGGCCUCACAGAUAGAGGUUUUGAAUCACAUAUUCCAGGGACUGGUUAACAAGAAUCCCGAUGUGCGGCUACAAUCUGCGCAGGAGCUACGGAACUAUGUCGCAAGUACGGUAGCGGAGAUGUCUUCGGAUGCUGCAGCGAAGCUCUGGGACGAGAAUCUGACGAAACGGCUCUUCGAUCUCAUCCACAGCACGAACAUCGUCGACCAGACGGGGGGUUUGCUGGCUAUAGAUCACCUCCUCGACGUCGACAGAGAGGAAACCAUUGAGUCCAAGAGGAAUCUCUUCCGCUUCUACAACUACGUCAAGCACCUCCUUCCGCACCAUGACUUCCACCUCAUGCUCCAGGCGUCGAAAACCCUCGGCAAGAUUGCUGAGAUCGGCGGGUCCGCCUUCGGGGAGGGCUUCAUGGAGAAGGAGGUGCCAGCGGCGGUGGACCUGAUGCAGCCAGAGAAGCCAGAGGCCCCGCGGUACGCUGGCGUGCUUAUCCUGAAGGAACUGGCGCGCAACUCCUCGAACUACUUUUAUUCCCACAUCGGCAUGGUCUUUGACAACAUCCUGGUGCCGCUAAGGGAUCAGCGCCUCAUCGUGCGCGAGGGGGCGGCGGAGCUUCUGGCUGCAUGCCUCGAAAUCAUUACACAGCGCGAGCGGAACACGCGCAAUAGCCCUUUCCUCCUCAAGAUCCUCCAGGACGCGCAGAUGGGGCUGAAGCAAGCCCAGCCUGAAGUGAUCCACGGGUCUCUGCUCACCUAUCGCGAGCUUUUGCUGCACGGUGGCAUGUUCAUGCGAGAAACGUUCCUCGAUUCGGCGGAGCAGAUCCUUCGCUUCAAGUCGCAUCGCGACGGGCUUAUCCGCAAGACCGUCAUCACCCUCGUCCCGUCUUUGGCGGCGUACGACACGACCACAUUCACGGAACACUUCCUGCACAAGUCCAUGGCACAGCUCCUCACGCAGCUCGAGAAGCCCGCGGAUAGACCCUUCGCUUUUGUUGCCAUCGGGCAUACCGCGGCGGCAGUGGGCAGCGACAUGAAGCCGUUCUUGGAGCCCAUAAUGGGGCAGAUCAAGGCGGGGCUGCAGGCGCGAGGAAGAAGGAAUGCGCCACCCGAGGAACCGAUGUUCCAAUGCUUGGGCAUGCUGGCGUCUGCCGUUGGGCCGAAUCUGACGAAGUUGUUGCACGAUCAGCUUGACCUGAUCUUUGCGUGUGGGCUUAGUGAGCCGCUGCGUAACGCGCUGGUCGCUAUUGCGAAGCAUAUCCCUCCCCUUCUCAAGACGAUCCAAGACCGUUUGCUUGAUCUUCUGUCAAUGAUCCUGAGCGGUCAGCCAUACAAGCCAUUGGGCGCGCCUCCGGCAUUGGAACGGGCGGACGCAAGCGCAAUGUCGCGAGAUAUCAACACCUCUCAGGCGUCGAUAGUUGGGGAGAAGACACCGGAGGUCAUCACGCUUGCCUUGACAACCUUGGGUUCCUUUGACUUCAGCGGGCAUAUUCUGAACGAAUUCGUGCGGCAAUGCGCCUUGCCAUAUCUCGAAGACGACCACCCGGAAGUGCGGCGUGCGGCGGCUACGACGUGUUGCAGGCUCUUCGUCCGCGACCCCAUCUGCUAUCAAGCUAGCAGCCACGCCAUCGAGGUCAUCAGCGACGUUCUGGAUAAGCUGUUGACUGUCGGCAUCGCAGAUCCUGAUGCAUCCAUACGCCAAACGGUCUUAUCGUCCCUGCACGAGCGCUUCGACAAGCAUUUGGCUCAAGCGGAGAACGUGCGCUCCAUCUUCAUCGCGCUCAACGACGAGGUGUUCGACAAUCGCGUCACCGCUGUGACUCUCAUUGGACGUCUAGCCAAGCACAACCCCGCCUACGUAAUGCCGUCUCUGCGCAAAGCUCUCAUCCAGCUAUUGACCGAGUUGGAAUAUUCGACCGUCGUCCGAAGCAGGGAAGAAUGCACUCGGCUCCUGACUCUCCUCGUCGGGGCGACGCAGCGGCUCAUCAAGCCGUACGCCUUGCCAAUGCUUCGCGUGCUCAUGGUCAAGGCUGACGAUGUAAACCCGACCGUGUCGGCCAACGUCCUCAUGUGCCUAGGAGAGCUUGCUUGUGUUGGCGGUGAAGACGCGAUGGCGCAUGUACCCGACCUUAUGCAAGUGAUCCUCAGGAAACUAUCGGACCCCUCCUUCCUCCGGCGCGAUGCUGCGUUGCAUACUCUCGGCCAGAUCUGCACGAGCACCGGCUACGUUAUCAGCCCUCUGAUCGACCACCCGCAAUUGCUUCAGAUUCUGGCGCGGAUCCUCAAGACGGAAACCUCGCAGACCGUACGUCGUGAAGUCGUGAAGGUUCUUGGUAUCAUGGGCGCCAUGAACCCGUACCGCCGAAAGAGUCGCCCAGAUGACGACGCUACGGGCGAGAAGGCGAUCACCGCCGUCAACCAGAUGCCUCUUGCGACGCAGUCCAUCGUGGCUGUGUCUGACGACUACUACCAGACAGUGGUCGUCAACGCGCUCCUUGCUAUCUUGCGUGACCAAUCGCUGAGCCCUCAGCAUCACGCGGUCAUAGAGGCAAUUAUGUCGAUCUUCAAGACGCAGGGCCUCAAAUGCGUGGCGUUUCUCCCUCAGAUCAUCCCUGCCUUCGCUGCUGUGACCAGGACGUCGAUAGCGCGUUUGCAAGAAUUUCACCUGCAACAACUCGCCAUCUUGGUCGGGAUCAUCAAGCAGCAUAUCCGGAACUACAUGCCGGACGUCUUUGCCCUCAUCACGGAUCUUUGGGAAAAUACAUCGCUGCAACUACCGAUCGUCUCCCUCGUCGAGGCUUUGGGUCGUGCAUUGGACGCCGAGUUCAAGCCUUUCCUCCCGAAUAUCAUACCCUUGCUUCUCAAGGUCGUCGAGGGCGAGCUCACGGACAAGCGCAUGAGCACGCAGAUGAAGGUCUUCGACGCCUUGCAGACAUUCGGUGCCAACAUCGAGGAGUAUCUCCACCUUGUCGUGCCCGUGAUCGUCAAGACCUUCGAGAGACCAGAUGCGAGCACGGCGUUGCGCAAGAAGGCCAUGCAGACGAUCGACGGACUGUCGAAGCGCAUCAAUUUCUCCGAUAGGGCGUCUCGAAUCAUUCAUCCCCUGGUUCGGGUGUUGGAGGGGUCGAACAACGAGCUGAGGAUGGCGGUCAUGGACACGCUAUGCGCGCUGGUCAUUCAACUAUGGUCGGACUUCGCCAUAUUCGUGCCAACCAUCAACAAGGCCAUGUUGCGCAACCGUGUAACGCAUCCGAACUAUGAGAGUCUCAUCAGCAAGCUUCUCAACGGUCAACCCAUCCCUCGAGGGUCUGGGCAUCUCGAACCCUUCCUCAGUGACACCAGUAAACCUCCCGAAUUCUCGGCGCCAGCAGAGCCGCCCAACUUCACUGUCAACCAACAGCAUUUGAAGUCGGCUUGGGAUGUAUCGCUCGUGUCAACCCGAGAGGACUGGGGUGAAUGGAUGCAUCGCAUGAGCGUCGAGUUCAUGAAGGAGUCACCGUCGCACGCUCUGCGCGCUUGCAUGACGCUGGUCGAUACCCACCCUCCGCUUGCCAGGGAGCUUUUCAACGCCGCUUUCAUGUCGUGUUGGGGCGAAUUGUACGACCAGUACCAGGAGGAUUUGGUUCGUUCAAUAGAGUUCGCUAUCACCUCGACAUCGGCACCGUCCGACUUGAUCAACCGCCUUCUCAAUCUGGCUGAAUUCAUGGAGCACGAAGAGAAGCCUCUGCCCAUCGACAAUCAUACGUUGGGCGAGUACUCCAUGAAGUACCUCGCGUACGCAAAGGCCCUCCAUUACAAGGAGCUCGAGUUCUUCUCUCGGUCGUCGCCGUCAAUCAUCGAGGCCCUUAUCUCUAUCAACACUCGCUUGCAACAGCACGACGCCGCAUGGGGUACCCUCCUUCGAGCGCGCGAACAAUACGAUGUCACCAAGCACGAAGAGUGGUACGAGAGGCUGGGCAGAUGGCAGGAAGCCUUGACGGUGUACGACAACAAGGCUCUAACUCAGCCAAACGAUCCUGAAGUGCAGCUUGGUCGGAUGAAGUGUCUACAUGCCCUUGGCGACUGGGACCAGCUGGCUAUGCAAGUGCAAAAGUCCUGGAUGAAGGCGGACAUCGACCUGCGUCGUGCGAUUGCGCCAAUGGCAGCUGCGGCGGCCUGGUCCUUGAAUGAUUGGGAUUCCAUGGACGACUACAUCACCACGAUGCGUAACGAUUCUCCAGAUCGCUCCUUCUACAGAGCAAUCCUCUGUGUGCAUCGCAAUCAGUUCCCCAAGGCCCUUGUCAACAUUUCGCGCGCGCGAGAUCUUUUGGAUCCCGAGCUGCAGUCGUUCGUCGGCGAAGGCUAUGGUCGGUCAUACGGGAUCAUGGUUCGGGCACAGAUGCUCUCCGAGCUCGAAGAGAUUAUCAUGUACAAGCAAUACGCUGAUCAGCCCGACCGUCAAACCACCAUGAGGAAGACUUGGAUGAAGAGGUUGCAGGGUUGUCAACCCGACGUCGAAGUGUGGCAGAGGAUACUGCAAGUCCGUACACUCGUCUUGAAUCCCGAGGACGACCCGGAUAUGUGGAUCAAGUUCGCCAACCUAUGCCGCAAGAGCGAUCGCAUGGCGCUUGCUGAGAAGACCAUACGUUCGCUUCUCUCCCCUAGGCAUGGACAUGGCUACGACAUGCACCACAUCAAGGCACCUCCGAAUGUCGUUUACGCUCAGCUCAAGUAUAUGUGGGCGUGUGGAAACUACGACGAAAGCUUGCAGUUCCUUCGCGAGUUCUCUGCCAAGUUGGAGGCCGACGUCAAGGACCCACGUUCGACUGCGUCUGCAGACAAGCACGCCACCUCAGCCAAGCUGCUCGCGCGUUGCUACUUCAAGCAGGCAUCAUGGCAAGCGCAGCGCAAUGAGGAAUGGCAUAACGACGAGACUUUAAGGCAACAAAUCAUGUACGCCUACCUAUUCGCGACGCAAUGCGAUCCGCAGUGGUACAAGGCGUGGCACACAUGGGCUCUGGCGAACUUUGAAGUGGUGGGCCACAUUGAGAGCCAAGCGGACACGCGAUUGUCGGAUAUCCCAGGGGAAAUUCUCGCCGGUCAUGUCAUGCAGGCCAUCCGAGGCUUCUUCUGUUCGAUCUCCUUGCGAAACGAGGAGUCCUUGCAGGACACUCUGCGGCUGCUUACCCUAUGGUUCAAGUUUGGUGCUCACCAGAAGGUCAGCGAGCAGAUGGCGGAGGGUUUCAGGACAGUCCCCAUCGACACAUGGCUGGACGUCAUCCCGCAGAUCAUUGCGCGCAUCCAGACACCGCACAUCAACAUCCGGAGGGACAUCACUCAUCUUCUGACUGACAUUGGAAAGGAGCACCCGCAGGCGUUGAUCUACCCGCUCACUGUCGCUUCGUCGUCCUCAAGCGCUUCUCGUUCAAAGAUCGCUAAGGACAUCAUGAAGAAGAUGGAGUCGCACAGCAUGGAGAUCGUUCAACAGGCGAAGCUUGUCAGCAAGGAGCUCAUCCGCGUCGCCAUCCUUUGGCAUGAGAGGUGGCACGAAGGUCUUGAGGAGGCUUCGCGACUAUACUUCACGGAGAAGAACAACGAGGGCAUGAUCGCCUGCUUGGAGCCCUUGCACGAGAUGGUUGAGAAUGGCCCCGAGACCGCGAGGGAAACGUCGUUUGCCCAGACUUUCGGCCGCGAUCUGCACGAAGCUCGGGAGGCAUGCAACAGGUACAGGAGGACGGGCGACCCUACGGAGCUGGAGAAGGCAUGGGAUAUCUACUACGCGGUCUUCAAGAAGAUCGAGAAGCACUUGCCGACGUUGAUCAAGCUCGACCUGCAAUACGUCUCUCCGGCGUUGCUAGAAGCCCGCAAUCUACAAUUGUCCGUGCCAGGCGCAUACCAAGCAGGCCGGCCGGUCAUUACUAUCGCCAAGUUCGCGCCGAAGCUGCAGGUCAUCGCAUCGAAGCAACGCCCGAGACGAUUGUCCUUGACUGGCAGCGAUGGACGAGACUACCAAUACAUCUUGAAGGGCCACGAGGAUCUCCGCCAAGACGAGCGCGUCAUGCAACUGUUCACCCUCGUCAACACCCUCCUCUCCGUCGACACCAGCAGCUUCAAGCGCCGAUUGCACAUCCAACGCUACGCCGUCAUCCCCCUUGCCCCCAACGCCGGUCUUAUCGGCCAUCUCCAAGAGAGCGACACGCUUCACGUCCUCGUCAAGGACUACCGCGACUCGCGCAAAGUCCUGCUCAACAUCGAGUACCGCCUCAUGCUGCAGAUGGCGCCCGACUACGAGAACUUGACGCUCAUCCAGAAGGUCGAGGUCUUCGAGUACGCGCUCGAGAACACGACCGGGCAGGAUCUGUACCGCGUCCUCUGGCUGAAGAGCACGAACUCGGAGCACUGGCUGGAGCGAAGGGCAUGCUACACGCGCUCGCUCGCGGUGAACAGCAUGGUGGGGCAUAUACUGGGUCUGGGCGACCGGCAUCCGUCGAAUAUCCUCCUCGAGCGGAGCACGGGCAAGAUCGUGCACAUCGAUUUCGGUGACUGUUUCGAGGUUGCGAUGCAUCGCGAGAAGUUCCCGGAGAAAAUUCCGUUCCGGUUGACGAGGAUGUUGACGCAGGCGAUGGAGGUCAGCGGCAUCGAGGGCAGCUUCCGCAAUACGUGCGAGAUCACGAUGCAAGUGCUGCGCGACAACAAGGAGUCGCUCAUGGCCGUCCUGGAGGCGUUCGUGUACGACCCGCUCAUCAACUGGAGGUUGAUGCAGACCGACGUCGAGGCACGGCGGACCGAAGACCCCGACCGCGCCGUUGAGCUCGCGCGCGUCGCCGCGCACCCGCAGGGCCCGACGAGGAAGAUGAUGGCCGACGAGCGCGACAUCUUCUCCGACGGUGUGCAGGAGACGCGCAACGAAAAGGCGCUCGUGGUGUACAACCGCGUCCAGCACAAGCUUACGGGCAGGGACUUCAACCCCUCGGUGACGCUGAACGUCCCGCAGCAGGUGGAGAAGCUGAUCCAGCAGGCGACGUCGCUGGAGAACCUCUGCCAGUGCUUCUCGGGCUGGUGUGCGUUCUGGUGAAGGAUGAGCGUUCGAUGAUUUUCCUAUGGCGAUGGUCAUUACGAUCUAGACAUUGUUUUUGCUAUGCAUUUCCCUAUAGCUACUGUUGGACUAUCAGUCAUGUAUGUUAUGACUCGUGUACUGUAUCUUUUGCUUUGGAAUAUCGCUUUCACGUCUCACUUCC